AUGAUUUCGACGGCGCUAGACACCCGGAUGACUGCGCGCUUGUGUGUCGUAGCCCUUACGUUUGCAUCGCUCGCGGUCUUAUCGCCAUGUGCAGCAUUCUUGCUAGCGAGUAGAGGGAGAGCACCACCAGGAACUAGAUGCAAGCCGGCUCCAAGCCGAAAUAGUUGCGCGGCGGCACUACCCGCCACAACGAAGGUCGACAUUACGCCGGACUUGGUUAGGAAGACGGCGAUGCUGGCCCAAAUUCAGGUUUCUGACGAGGAGGUUGACGUCCUGGCACCGCGAAUGGAAGAGUUUCUGGGCUUUGUGGAAACGAUGAAGGAGGUCGCCGAAGCUAGUGACGGCGCUUUCGCCACGUUAAACUGCGGCAGUGAUUUUCUCAGAGAAGACUCGGCAGAUAGAUUUUCGAACGUGGCAGCUAUCAUGGAGAAUAUGCCCAUCGAAGAAGGGAACUAUCUCCGUGUCCCGAAAGUCGGAGAAGACGAAGGAUAGUUUCAUGGAGAAGAUACACAAACGUGUAGCCUGCCGAUAUCAGCCAAUUGGAGAAGUUUACGCCUGGGCUUGUGACCAUCUUCGAGGGAGUUUCCUUCUUUUUCUCUGGGCAGAAAGCUUUCGCCGCUUGAUUUGUUCGGGCGUGUUGAGCCCUCCGACAAGAACCGAGUUUAACCAGUGCACGUUCCGUGCCACGGACGCGGAGUGUAGCUUCUCCACCGGUUGUUCCACGCGCCCCGGGGUUCUCCCCGCUCGCUGUCGUUUGACACGCGUGGACCAGGGCAGGUCACACGUUCAUGCGAACACGCGAGCGGUAAGA